ACUUUGGUCAGUUGAAAGUCGCGAUUACUCACUAAAUGUUCGAAUUGAGAAUGCAGUUCUUCAAUAUAAUUGGCAUUGUCAUCAUUGCAACCGCAUUAUAUCGCGCUAAUGCCAUUCAAGUGGAUACUUCAUUGGGCAAGAUACUGGGUACAACUCUUAAAUCCCGAUUAGGAGCAGAUUUCUACGCGUUCCGAGGCAUACGCUAUGCGCAAUCGCCUGAAGGAGAAUUACGUUUUCAGAAUCCCAAGCCAUAUCCACCCUGGAAGCCAGCUAUUUUGGAUGCGAUUGAGGAUGGUCCCAUGUGUCCACAAGUAACGGAAAAUGUAACCGAUAUGUCGGAGGAUUGCCUACGUUUGAAUGUUUAUACCAAGGACUUAAACGCCAAGAAACCGGUCGUGGUAUAUUUACACCCGGGUGGCUUUUAUUCUGUAUCAGCGCAGAGCAAAAACUUUGCUGGUCCUGAGAACUUUAUGGACCGCGAUAUUGUAUUGGUGACUUUAAACUAUCGCUUAGGCACAUUGGGAUUCUUGGCUGUGGGCAGCGCUGAAGCACCCGGCAACGCUGGAUUGAAAGACCAAGUUGAAGCGCUACGAUGGAUUCAGAGUCAUAUUAGUCAUUUCGGUGGGGAUCCGAAUUCGGUGACAUUAUUCGGCUACAGCGCCGGUAGUUUCAGUAUUGGCUUACACAUGAUGUCACCCAUGUCAAAGGGAUUAUUCCAUCGCGGUAUUAUGAUGAGCGCAUCGCCAUUGGGACAGUUUGACUACGAAUCACGGCAGAAGAGAUUGAGCGAUAGACAAGCGGAAUUGUUGAAUUGCCCUAAAGAACCCGCUUCUGACUUAGUGAAAUGUCUGAAGAAAAAACCAAUGAUGGAUUUUGUUACAACCUCGGCUCAAAUGUUUGAUUUCAACUGGAAUCCUAUCUUGAAUUGGUUGCCAGUGAUCGAGGAGGAUUUCGGACAGGAACGCUUCUUGGUGGAGAACCCGUAUAAGACCAUACAAAGUUCUAAUUUCCAGAAAGUACCAAUUAUAAUCGGAAUAACGGAAUAUGAAUUCGUCGAAAGAGCUUAUUAUCUACAACUUAAUGAAACAACGAAAAAAUGGUUGAAUGAGGAAUUUGAAAUGUAUGCACCCAUCAUUCUUCUGUAUGAACGCGAUACCGCACGUUCCAAGAGUAUAAGUAAAACACUGCGGUCCACAUAUUUAGGAAAUGCCACCUUAGAGUUGCCGAACACGUUAGACUCUUUCGGGAAACUCUACUCGGACGGAAUUAUUGGUUUCGAAUAUCACCGAUUUUUGGAUCUGUUAUCUCGUGUCACGACAGUCUAUACAUACCUUUUUACUUAUAAGGGUCGAUACAGUCAUUUCACUUAUAAUAACGAGGUUUAUGGUGCUGUACAUCAUGAUGAAUUGCUAUACCUCUUGCAUGUACCCGUCAAGACACCGCUUUUCAAAAAAACUGAUCCCGAAAAUGGUGUUAUUGAAAAUUUAACUCGCAUGUGGUCACAAUUUGCUAGAACCGGAGAUCCGAAUAAUGCGACAGAUGAGUAUCUGAAAGAUAUCAAAUGGCCAGCUUACACCAACGAUAAGAAGCCCUAUUUGGUAAUAGGAAACGACUUGGAUGUUAAAGAGGGUGGAAUCUUCUCACAGCGAUUCCAAAUUUGGGACGAACUAUUUCCGGUGCCAAAGUUCAAUAAAUGUCACUAAUUACUUACAUAAGUACACAUUUAUAUUGAUAUUGAAAAAAUAAAAAAAAAUGAUUUUUGAACAUA